GUGUGUAGAUUAUAAAUCCCUGUUCUACCAGGGCUGGGAUUUCGGGUUAAAUAUUCAAAAUGGCGGACGGAGGAGCAGCGAGUCAAGAUGAGAGUUCAGGACCAGAUUCUAAAAUGAGUAAUGCGUCAGAAACUAGUAAAUGUGCAAUGGAGAGUCAGAGUGGGGACGGAAACAGAGAAAUCCAAACGAAUGGACUGGACUUUCAGAGGCAGGCGGUGCAGUCUACAAGCGCAAUCACCAACGCACACACACAGGCUCUCCUCCAACAGUCCAAGUCAGAAGACUCGGGUGCAAUUCCGACCACCGUCCAGCAGGGUGUGCUGCCUCAGGCCCAGCUCAUGCUGGCUGGGGGACAGAUAGCUGGAUUGACCCUGUCUCCAGCCCAGCAGCAGAUGUUGUUGCAGCAGGCCCAGGCCCAGCUCCUAGCAGCAGCCAUGCAGCAGUCAGCCAGCCAGCAGAGCAGCACCACGGGGGCCAGCAUCUCUGCCUCUGCAGCCACCCCUAUCACACAGCUGCCCCUGUCCCAGCCCAUCCAGAUCACCUCUAUUCCCUCUGGUUCUACACAUCUUCCAGGCCAGCUAAGCCAGCUGGGAUACCCAUAUGAGAUGGCGACCUUCAGCAGUUACCUACCUCAGUUACAGCAGCUGCAGCAGCAGAACCUGACCAUGCCCCAGUUUGUCCUGGUUCAGCCUGGCAACCACAUCGCCACCCAGCUGCAGCCUGGCCAGUACAUCAUCUCACAGUCGCCGCAGGGCCAGCAGAGUCUCCUGCAAGGCCAGAGUCUUCUAACUCAACUACCUCAAAGCCAAGCCAACCUCCUGCAGACUCAUCCAAGCAUCACGCUCGCCACACAGCCAGCGACUCCGACCCGCACGACAGCAGCCACGCCCAUCCAGCCUCUGUCCCACAGCCAGACCUCGCCCCCUAAACACCUGGCCACGCCCAGUCUGGAGGAGCCCAGUGACCUGGAGGAGCUGGAACAGUUCGCCAAGACAUUCAAACAGAGACGCAUCAAACUGGGUUUCACACAGGGGGAUGUUGGCAUGGCCAUGGGCAAGCUGUACGGUAACGACUUCAGCCAGACCACCAUCUCCCGCUUCGAGGCCUUGAACCUGAGCUUUAAGAACAUGUGCAAGCUGAAGCCACUGCUGGAGAAGUGGCUCAACGAUGCAGUUUAUGCAGAGAACCUGUCGUCUGACCAGGCCCUGUCCAGCCCCAGUGCCCUGGGCUCCCCCGGCCUGGGUAUGGAGGGGCUGAACCGCCGACGCAAGAAGAGGACCAGCAUCGAGACCAACAUCCGCUUGGCCUUAGAAAAGAGAUUUCUGGAGCAGAACCAAAAACCUACCUCUGAGGAGAUCACCAUGAUCGCCGACCAGCUCAACAUGGAGAAGGAGGUGAUCCGGGUUUGGUUCUGUAACCGCCGGCAGAAAGAGAAGAGGAUCAACCCCCCCAGUGGUGGAUACAGCAACACAGGGACAGGCAGCAGCCCCAUCAAAACCAUCUUCACCCCCACUAUCCCCCUGGUAUCCAGUACGGCCAGCCUUGUGACUAGUAACACACCGACCACACUGACUGUAAAGCCAGUGAUGCCUCUCAACAGCAGCAGCCUGUCUGGCCUGACCUUCACAGGCACGACCAUAGGAGCGACCACAAACACGACAUCCGUCAUCUCCAUGGCACCCAUGGUUACUGCGGUGACCAGCUCCCCGUCGCUAAACCCCUCCCCCACGGCCCUCCAGGCCACGGAGGCGGAGACGGGCGGAACCCAGGAGCACACGGUGGUCACGCAGGCACCGUCGUCCCUAGCGACCGCUCUGGGGACGGGUCAGGUGAUGGUGGCUGGACUGGGGCUGCCGGUCGCCCUGCAAGGUGCCGCCCAGUUACCCACCAGCGCUAGUUUCGCCGCCAUGGCCGGCCUUAACCAAGGACUUAUGGCAUCCUCGCAGGGGGCCUUGCUGAGCUUAGGUCCAGGGGGGCUGGGAGGGGCUCUGAACCCUACCAUGUUGAGCAACAGCACCCUGGCCACCAUCCAAGGUCUGUGGAGUGCUCUAGCAUCAGGCGGCACUCUCCCCAUCACCUCGCUGGACGGGAGCGGUAACCUGCUGUUCACCAACACCUCCGCCGGCAGCACCCCCAACCUGAUGCAACCCCUCUUCCUGAACCCCCAGAACCUUUCCAUGCUCACCAACCCUGUCAGCCUGGUGUCGGCCGGAGCCGCUGGGGGAGGGGCCCUGCAGGUCUCAGCCGACCACCAGGUCACCACGGCGACUGUCCCAGUUCCCUCCUCCACCAUCACCACUGCCUCCAAGGCCCAGUGAAGCUGAAGGCCUCAAAUGGCACCCUAUACCCUAUUUAGUGCACUACUCUUGGUUAAAUGUAGUGUACGAUAUGUCUGGCUCUGGCCAUAUUAGGACACUAUAUGGGGGAAUAGGGCUGUUGUUUGGGAUUUGGCCUUAGGCUAAUGACCCACCUCUUCCUCCUCUUCCUUCUCUCUGUCAUCUAUUAUUUAAUUAUUUUGCUGCCACCAAAAAUAAACCCUCUGAAGCGGGUUGGAAUUUAUUUUAAAAACGUUUUUCAUUCUCUCUUUUCCCUUGUACUCCAAAAAUGAUGUGCGACUCACCGGAUGUUUUUGUCGUUGGACAUGGCGGGUCACACGGGAGGACUGGGGCGGCCAUUUUCUGAGGCAGGAUCGUCUUGAACUCUAUGGUCUGUGCUCCUUGUGUGACCACUGACCCACAUCUGGGGAGAGAAAAUAAUGGAGGGACCACCUAGCUUUCCCUUUCUACUCCGUCACCUUUUUCACAGGUAGAGAUCUUCCUCUUCCCUGUUCAGAACUUCUUCUGAAAUACUUCUAACCAAAAAUGUUUGAUUUUACUUUUUUUUUUUCUAACAAAAAUGAUUUACUACUAAGUUCACCAUCUAUAUCAUCAUUAAAAGGGGGGUUUGUGCAUAUCCCCUGUCUAGGUUGAGUGUAUUUAGUGUCAGAAGCUCUGUUGGACAGGCCUCAGCACGAAUCAUAUCAAAGUUUUAUUUUAGAGGCGUUCUCAUUUUAGUUUGUUGUCUCUUGUUUUUAUGUGAGUGGACAUUUUCAGAACUUUGUACGUCUAACAUUAAGUUAAACUUUAACUCCUAUAUAUAUAUAUAAUUUGUUUUAUCGUGGUUAUAAGGCUUUAAAAACCUAGUAAUAAUAAGUGGCUGAUAUAACGGUUAUCAUUGCUUUAAGGAACAGGGUUGGCUGCGUGGUCUCUCUCUGGUCCUCUCUGUCUAGUAACACUGAGUUUGACAUUUCGCAGCAGCAGCUCAGUGGCCAUGGAGCAUUUGUAAAUGGUAGUCUAGGUGCGGACCAUAGACACUGAUACAAGAAAUGAUAACGCUUAGAGCUUUAACCGGGUACAUACGGACCCAUGUCUGUGGGGU